UUUACGCAUUCCCUAUUUCCUCCGGUCACCGGAACCCUUCCUCUCCAACCCCUAUGUCCUCCGCCAAAUCGCGAAACUUCCGCCGCCGUGGCGGCGACGCCGAAGCCAACGACGACGACGGAGACACUUCCUCCGCAACCGCCCUCUCUUCCAAGCCUUCUUCCUCCGCCCCAACCGCCAAGCCUAAGAAGCCCCAAGCCCCCAAACUUCUCAGCUUCGCAGACGACGAAAACGAAAACGAAAACGGAAACCAAAACCCGCGGCCGCGCUCCUCCUCGAAACCCCACCGCUCCUCCGCCGCCGGCAAAUCCUCAUCCUCUCACAAGAUAACCACUCUCAAGGACCGAAUCGCACAUUCCUCGUCUCCUUCGGUCCUUUCCAAUGUUCAACCCCAAGCCGGAACCUAUACCAAAGAAGCACUCCUCGAGCUACAGAAGAACACCCGAACCUUGGUCACUAGUAGCACCUCUCGUCCUCCUCCUCCUUCUUCUUCCGAUCCCAAACCUUCCUCCGAGUCUGUCAUCGUCUUGAAGGGCCUAGUCAAACCCUUAGCUUCGGAGUCCCAGGGUCGGGAUUCUGAUUCCGAAGGGGAACGCAGAGAAGUUGAGUCCAAAUUCGCUUCUGUCGGCAUUGAGAACGGGAAGGACUCGCUGUUUCCCGAUGAAGAUACCAUCAAAGCUAUCCGGGCGAAGCGGGAGCGGCUCCGGCUUUCGCGCCCCGCCGCGCCGGAUUAUAUCUCGUUGGAUGGUGGAAGCAAUCACGGCGCUGCAGAGGGGCUGAGCGAUGAGGAGCCGGAGUUUCGGGGCAGGAUUGCCAUGUUUGGGGAGAAGGUGGAAGGUGGGAAGAAGGGUGUUUUUGAGGAUGUGGACGAGAGGAGAGUGGAUGUGAGGUUCAAGGGUGGAGAUGUUGAGAAUGUGGAUGAUGAUGAUGAUGAGGAGGAGAAGAUGUGGGAAGAAGAGCAGUUUAGGAAAGGAUUGGGGAAGAGAAUGGAUGAAGGGUCUGCUAGGGUUGUUGGCAAUGAUGUUCCUGUUGUGCAAAGUGCCCAACAGCACAAGUUUGUUGUUACCCCUGUUGCAACUGUGUAUGGUGCAGUUCCAAGUGCACCAUCAGUGAGUCCCAGCAUUGGUGGAGCAAUCGAACCGUUACCAGCUUUGGAUGUCAUGCCUAUCUCUCAACAAGCCGAGAUAGCCAGAAAAGCUUUGCAAGAGAAUGUGAGGAGGCUUAAGGAAUCUCAUGGAAGAACAAUGUCAGCAUUGAAUAAAACUGAUGAAAAUUUGUCUGCCUCCCUUUUGAACAUUACUGCUCUUGAAAACUCUUUAGUAAUAGCUGAUGAGAAGUACAGAUUUAUGCAAAAGCUCCGAAGUUAUGUCACAAAUAUAUGUGACUUUCUACAGCAUAAAGCUUUCUACAUUGAAGAACUUGAAGAGCAGAUGAAGAAACUUCAUGAAGAUCGUGCAUCGGCCAUUUUUGAAAGAAGAGCCACUAACAAUGAUGAUGAAAUUAUUGAGGUAGAAGCAGCUGUGAAAGCUGCAGUGUCAGUUUUAAGCAGGAAAGGUGACAGUAUGGAAGCUGCCAAAAGUGCAGCUCAGGAUGCGUUUUCUGCUGUAAGAAAACAAAGAGACCUGCCAGUAAAGUUAGAUGAAUUUGGUAGAGAUUUAAAUCUUGAGAAACGGAUGAAAAUGAAAGUGAGGGCUGAGGCUCUUCAACGCAAGAGGUCUCAAGCAUUUGAUUAUAAUAAACUGGCAUCCAUGGAGUUGGAUGAUCAUAAAAUAGAGGGUGAAUCAAGCACUGAUGAGAGUGAUAGUGAGGGCCAAGCGUAUCAGUCACAACGUGAUUUGGUGUUGCAAGCUGCUGAUGAGAUUUUUAGUGACGCUUCUGAGGAAUAUGGUCAGCUAUUGUUGGUCAAAAGAAGAUUUGAAGAAUGGAAAAGAGAUUAUUCAUCUAGCUAUAAUGAUGCUUAUAUUUCAUUGAGUCUUCCACUGAUCUUCUCUCCAUAUGUAAGAUUGGAACUCCUGAGAUGGGACCCACUUCGCAAGGGUUUAGAUUUUCAAGAGAUGAAAUGGUAUAAAUUGUUGUUCACUUAUGGUUUGCCUGAAGAUGGAAAAGAUCUUGUUCAUGAUGAUGGAGAUGUUGACCUUGAACUUGUCCCAAAUUUGGUGGAAAAAGUUGCACUUCCUAUUCUGCAUCAUGAGAUCUCUCAUUGCUGGGACUUGCUUAGUCAACAGGAAACAGUGAAUGCGAUUGCUGCUACAAAAUUGAUUGUGCAACAUGUGUCUCAUGAAAGUGAAGCUCUUGCAGAUCUGCUAGUUUCAAUUCGCACACGUCUGGCUGAUGCUGUUGCCAAUCUCACAGUCCCGGCGUGGAGUCCGCCAGUACUAGCUGCUGUUCCAGAUGCUGCACGAAUUGCAGCCUAUCGAUUUGGAGUGUCUGUUCGGUUAUUGAGAAAUAUUUGCUUGUGGAAGGACAUAUUUGCAAUGCCAGUGUUAGAGAAGCUUGCUCUAGAUGAACUUUUGUGUGGAAAAGUUCUACCUCACUUUAGAAGCAUAUCAGAAAAUGUUCAUGAUGCAAUAACAAGAACAGAACGAAUAAUUGCUUCCCUAUCUGGGGUCUGGGCAGGCCCAAGUGUCAUUGGAGACAAAAGCCGCAAAUUGCAGCCCCUAGUGGCUUAUGUCCUAUCACUUGGAAGGAUUCUAGAGAGAAGAAAUGUACUGGAGAGUGACACAAGUCAUCUAGCUCGUCGAUUGAAGAAAAUACUUGUAGACCUCAAUGAAUAUGAUCAUGCUAGGAACAUGGUUAGAACCUUCCAUCUCAAGGAGGCGUUGUGAGCUCAGGGAGAAUUCAUGUUUCAUUAUACAUGGUCUUUUGGUAUGUCGGGAAAUCUGGCCCUUGGAGAAGCCUUCUCAAGUGCGAUUCAGAUAGCUUUUUGAUCAUUACACAAGUCUUUAUAAGGAGUCUGCUUUAUGAUUUCAUCUUGAACUUCAAAUCCUGAGCAGGCAUCUGUCUCGCCCACAGUAUAGGUACGGAUUGCGGAACUGAUUGAGGACCUCCAUUGCUCCUUCUGUCACCACGAUGGUGAAGUUUUACAGUGCCAUCUCUUAGGGGGUGCAGAGGGAGGUUUACCUGCCACUUUUUACUUUACCAUUGCUUAUGCUAGGGUCCCUGGAGAACAAGUAUUGUAAAAAUUCUCAUGCUCUCCUGUGAUUAUUUAGAUUACAUCUGAUAUUGAAUUGAAAGUCUAAAAUAACUUUAUACAACGCAUCUAUUCUAACGUUCAAUUUUCCGCAAAUUUGAGAGGAGUUCGGA